AAACUGUCAAAUGUCAAUUUUAAGGUUAAUUUACCAUAACCCACAAAUUAACCUUAAAAUUGACAUUUGAAAGUUUGAUGACAGCCCUGAAAGGUUUAAUUCUUACAAAAGAGGAGUAAGAAACCCAACGUUUAAAACGAUUAUUAAUCUGUAUAAACAGAGCACAAACCCAAAGCACAAGAAUUGUAAACAACAAAAAUGGCCGCCGUUAAACUGUGCAGUGUUGCAGCCACAGAACAUAAGGUUGCAGCAUUAACGGUUGCAGUGAUUUUUAGUAGAGCAAUAACAACAGCAAAACUAAAGGAAAAUAAUAAAAUAAAACAAUGGGCAAUACAUUCAUAUGGAGAUUUAGAGGAAUUACAGCUAAUGUCAUCAAGAGUACCAAUUAUUGAUAGCCCCAAUGAUGUACAAAUUGAAGUUAAAGCUGCUUCAGUUAAUCCCAUUGAUUUAAUGAUGAUGAAAGGGUAUGGAAAAACGUUAAUAUCAUUAAUUAGGAAAGAGAAUAUAGAAUUUCCCUUAACCUUUGGUAGAGAUUUUAGCGGAACAAUUGUGAGCAAAGGACACAAUGUUGAUACCUUUAAAAUAGGUGAUGAAGUUUACGGAUUUAUACCUCUUAACAAACAGGGUUCAUUCAAAGAAAUAAUAACUGCAGAUAAAUACCACAUACAGAAAAAGCCAUAUAAUUUAAGUCAUUUAGAAAGCUCAUCAAUAGUUUAUGCUGCUAUGACAGCUUAUAGUGCUUUAUAUCUUUUUGGAAAUAUGUGUAUGAAAAAUACAAAUAAUUUCAGGGUUUUGGUUUUAGGAGGGUCAGGAGGUGUGGGAACUUUAGCAGUACAAUUACUUAAAUCACAAAAUUGUACUGUGUACAGUUCUUGCUCUACAAAUGCUGUAGACAUGGUUAAAAACCUUGGGGCAGAUGUAGUUUUUGACUAUAAUGAUCCUGACUACCUUAAAAAUGUUUCUUGUGAAAAAUAUCACAUAAUUUUGGACUGUGCCAAAUUUGGAGUUGAAAAUGUGCCAUCAGAUUGGAGUUAUGAUCAAUUCAUAACUUUAAAUUCCCCUUUGUUAGUUAAUACUGACAAAAGUGGUUUGUUGUGUGGCUUUGCUGAAAGUGCUAAAUCUUUAUUUGAAACCAAUUUAAGUAAAGGUGGUAAACAAUGGAAAUGGGGAUUUUUUGUGCCAUCAAGUGAUGGGUUUAGAUUUAUUAAUAAUUUAAUACAAAAAGGACAAAUUAAACCUGUAAUUCAUAAAGAAUUUAAGUUUGAAAAUCUACCAGAAGCUUUUAAGUGUGUUGAGGAAGGGCAUCUAAGAGGAAAAGUUGUUGUCAGUAUUUAAUCCAGUUUAUUUAAUCAACUAUAUUAUUUUUUUCCAAUAAAACUACCUAUAA